AAUGUUUAAUUCCCAGUCAAUUCAGAUUUGGGCAGCUUUAAUCGAGCUCUCGUAUUCCUUCCUCACGCGCUCACGCCCUCCGCUGCGACGCCCAUCUGUGCUCAGGCCGUCGUUAACCGUGUCUCUGAAAUCCUCACCACCCUCCGUUGCAUCUCACUUCCAUCGCCAACUUCACUUGGCCCACUGUGAAUUCCGAUUCUGCUGCGCGUGCCACCCUCAAACCCACAAUUUUCUUCAUUCGCCGCCAUUUACGCACUGCUUUCACAGUGGGCAACGACGGUGGCAUUGGGUUUUUGAGUUUCGGCUCCAUCCAGCUUCCUUGCACGAGUUAUUGAAGUAAUUUUAUUUCAAGAAAAUAACACUUCGCUGCAGUUGGAGCUGGACUUGGGAGUUGGGAUUCUAGAUUUGCUAGCAUGAGUUAAUCUUUAUGGUGUCUGGAGACGUUGAAGGCUCAAGAUGGGACUUUUUGAUGAAUUGCCAGUUCCUCCAGAGAAAGAAUAUUUGAGGGAAGAGCUUUCUAGAGUUGAUGAGCUUUGGGCAGCUGCUCGUUUUGAUUCUUUACCUCAUGUUGUCCACAUUUUGACAUCAAAAGAUCGUGAAGGCGAGGUCCAAUAUUUGAAGGAGCAAAGUGAUGUUAUUGAAGAAGUUGUUGAUGAAGUAGUACACUCGUAUCACAGUGGCUUCAACAAAGCUAUCCAAAACUAUUCCCAGAUCUUGAGGCUGUUCAGUGAGUCCACUGAAAGUAUUGGUGUCUUAAAGUUGGAUUUAGCAGAGGCAAAGAAGCGGCUUAGUGCACGCAAUAAGCAAUUGCAUCAGUUAUGGUAUCGGUCAGUGACACUGCGACACAUAAUCUCCUUGUUAGAUCAAAUUGAAGGCAUUGCUAAGGUUCCAGCUCGUAUAGAGAAGCUCAUUGCGGAGAAGCAGUUUUAUGCUGCAGUUCAAUUGCAUUUGCAGUCAAUGUUGAUGCUUGAACGAGAAGGUCUCCAAACUGUUGGCGCACUUCAAGAUGUUCGUUCAGAGUUAACAAAGUUAAGGGGAGUCCUCUUUUAUAAGGUUUUGGAGGAUUUGCAUGCCCAUUUAUACAACAAAGGAGAAUAUAGCUCUGCUGGCUCCACCAUGCUAGACAAUGAUGAUGAAGUACCGACCACCACAGCUGCUGCACUCACUACACAGAACUCACAACCUUUGUCACGAAGAACAAGGUUACUCAAAGGGGACAAUGAUGGACCAUAUAAGUCACGGUCCAUGGAUGGAGGAUCUUUUGAUGGCCAUGAAGAGGAAGGUACUCUAGAAAUAAAUGAAGAAGCUACAACAUUGAAGGUCAAUGGCGGUGAUAUAACAAAGGACACAAAGACUGCUCUUUCGCAAAUGCCAUUAUGGCUUUCAAAUGCGACACCUGAUGAGUUUCUUGAGUUAAUCAGAAAAAGUGAUGCUCCUCUUCAUGUGAAGUAUCUUCAGACAAUGGUUGAGUGCCUUUGCAAGCUUGGCAAAGUAGCAGCUGCAGGUGCUAUAAUAAGCCAAAGAUUGCGGCCAACAAUUCAUGAGAUUAUGACAUCCAAGAUCAAAGCUCAUGCAGAACAUCAGAGUUUGUCAAGGGCCAGCAUCAGCCAGGGUUCAAGAGCUGGUACAGGAGGGCUACACUUCAUAAAGGGUCAACUUGAAGUCUAUCAGUUGCCAAAGCAAAAGCAUCAGAAUGGAAUAUCCAUUGCUGGGACUCUAGUGACUGUAAGCCCUGUAUCACCAGUUAUGUCUCCUGGUGGGAAAGCGCAGGUUGCUGCAAAGGAUCUUCUUGAUUCAAUUUUGGAUGCCGUUGUUCGGAUAUUUGAGAAUCAUGUUGUUGUGGGGGAGCUUUUGGAAUCAAAAGCCAGCCAGCAUGCUGACAUGAACACACCAAAAUCAAUGCCAGCAGAUGUGAAUUGGAACCUCGAUUCGGAAGCAUCUCAAGCCACUGGAGGUUAUAGUGUAGGCUUCUCCCUGUCAGUUUUACAGAGUGAAUGUCAACAACUAAUUUGUGAGGUUCUGCGGGCUACCCCUGAAGCUGCAUCAGCGGAUGCUGCUGUGCAAACUGCUAGGCUUGCAAGCAAAGUCCCUUCCAAAGAGAAGAGGGAUGGGUCAGAUGAUGGUCUCACCUUUGCAUUCCGCUUCACUGAUGCUACUGUAUCUGUUCCUAAUCAGGGAGUUGAUCUGAUCCGACAAGGAUGGAGUAGAAGGGGUCCAAAUGUGUUGCCAGAAGGUUAUGGAUCUGCAGCCGUUUUGCCUGAGCAAGGCAUAUAUCUAGCAGCUUCUAUAUACCGACCUGUGCUUCAGUUUGCAGAUAAAAUAGCUUCAAUGCUGCCUACAAAAUAUUCCCAGCUUGGAAGAAGGAAUGAUGGGCUGUUAGCUUUCGUGGAGAACUUUGUAAAGGACCACUUUUUGCCUACUAUGUUCGUGGACUACAGAAAAUGUGUACAACAAGCCAUAUCAAGUCCAGCUGCAUUUCGCCCAAGGGCACACUUGGUUACUGCGUACACUCCAUCAAUUGAGAAGGGUCGACCUGUGUUGCAAGGGCUAUUGGCUAUAGAUUUCCUGACAAAGGAGGUUCUUGGUUGGGCGCAAGCAAUGCCCAAAUUUGCCAAUGACCUUGUGAAGUAUGUGCAAACAUUCCUGGAGCGGACUUAUGAAAGAUGUCGAACUUCAUACAUGGAGGCUGUCCUUGAGAAGCAGAGCUAUAUGCUCAUUGGGAGGCACGAUGUUGAGAAGCUGAUGAGGAUUGACUCCUCAAGUGCAUAUUUGCCAAAUCCGCUUGGUGAGCUUAACACAGAAAAUAAUUUGCCUGAUGCUGAAACAAUUGAGGUUGAAUCAGAGCUAAGUGAUUUACUGCUGAAUUUGCGGCCCAUUAAGCAGGAAAAUCUAAUCCAUGAUGAUAACAAACUUAUUUUGUUGGCAUCUCUCAGCGAUUCAUUGGAGUAUGUUGCAGACUCUAUUGAAAGGCUCGGACAGGCUACACAAAGAGCACCAAAUCAAGUAGUGAAUGGAAAAGUCAAUCCCACGCACACAGACAACACAAAGAAUUUGGCAUCAUUUGCCCAAGAGUAUAGGAAAUUGGCAAUUGAUUGUCUCAAGGUUUUGCGUAUAGAGAUGCAGAUGGAGACAAUAUUUCAUUUGCAGGGAAUGACAAACAGAGAAUACUUGGAUGACCAAGAUGCUGAAGAACCAGAUGACUUCAUCAUUUCGCUCACUGCACAGAUCACGCAAAGAGAUGAGAAAAUGGCUCCUUUUGUCUCAAAUGCAAAGCGGAAUUACAUAUUUGGUGGAAUUUGUGGUAUUGCAGCGAAUGCAUUUCUUAAGGCUUUAGCGGAUAUGAAGUCUAUUAACCUUUUUGGGGUUCAGCAAAUUUGUCGAGACUCUAUUGCUCUGGAACAGGCACUGUCAGCUAUACCAUCAAUUAGUAGUGAAGUUGUUCAACAAAGAUUGGAUAGGGUCCGCACCUACUAUGAACUGUUAAACAUGCCAUUUGAGGCUUUGCUUGCCUUCGUUACAGAACAUAAGCACUUGUUUACUGUCAUCGAGUACGGUAACCUUCUAAAGGUCCAGGUCCCAGGGAGGGAGAUUCCUCCUGAUGCACAAUAUCGUGUAUCUGAAAUUUUAUCACUGUAGUAUAUGCAUUCAUCUGUUUAUAUUUCAGAGUUUGUUUCGGACUUGAUGGGUUCUGGCAUCAAAUGAAUUUCUGAUCCUAUUUCUCAGUCGGAUGCCAAGUGGAUGUAUAUGUCAUUUUUGUCCCUUUGAAGCCGCAGGUCACUGUUUAAGAGAUGAUCAUGUUUUUGCUCUCGAUGAUAGUUGUUCCACUGUUUUGCUUCAUUUGUUUGUAAUGUAAUGUAAUUUAAUGAGAAAUGUCAAUUUUGGAUGCUUCUGCUU